AUGCGGCGUUCCAUCACUACUCGACAACUUCCAUUUCUUCUUCUUCUCCUCUCCACAGUCUUCGUCGUCGCCUUCGCCAAAAUCGAUCACGUAAAGGAGAAGAGGACGGAAACGCACGGAGAUGCCACUAAAUUAAAAGCGAAAGAGGCGCCGGAGCAUAUUGACCACAAGAAAUUGUUCACCGAAAACUUCAAGCAACGUCGUUCUGAACACAAAGCCGCUAUCGAAUCGAUCAAAGGAAUCGGAAAGGAUAAGACACGUUUAUUCUUGGAAGAUCUGCUGAAAAACAUCAAAAACUUGCUGAAAGAGUCGCGUGAGACACUCGAACGUACCGCCCAUCUCCCCGAUUCGCCGUUCCCGCAUAGCAGUGAUUUGUUGAAAGAUGCACUUUCGAAGCUCCAUGAGAACACCGCACUCUUCACUGAUCUCUCGUUGGCUUUCUCGAAGUUUUUCGAGACAAAAGUUCAAAAAGAUCGGAAAUUGAAGACACUUCUCGUGGGGGCCUACAAUUAUUCGAUUAAAACUGGAAUUUUCGAUUCGGAAACCGAGAAGAAGGUGAACUUGAUGGCUCAACAACACGAGCUAAUUGAGAAAGAUGAGAAAUUCUUUAAUUUGUACGAUAAGGAGCGAGUGAAGGAGGAUAUGGAAGCAGAAGAGACACAGAGAAAGCAGAAAAAAUCGAAAAAAGCUGAAAACAAGCAACCAAAGGGGGAAUUAUGA